UUUGUAGCAACGGCUGCGUCGGCGUCAGUUGUGAGAGAAGCGCGUCAGCGAAUGGUAGUGAAGCGGGAAGAAUACGACGACGUGUAGACGAAGAAGACGAAGAACGCCUGCGUUUCCCUCAAUGCGUUUUUCUGUUUUGUGUGUGUGUUUUUUUUUUCUUGUUGCGUUUGUGGUUUAGUUUUCGAUAUUGUAACUUCCUCUGCCGCUUGUCGCGAUACUGUUGAACUAUUCCUGUGUGUUAUUGUAUUUUAGUAUAAAUUAUGGCUGCAAAUUGAAAUUGUUUAUUGUGAAUGUGAAAUUCUUUUAAAAUUCUGCUUAAAAUAAUGUUAGGAAAGUAAAACGUGUGUGUACACUUAUAUUAUACAUAUGUAGUAUUGUGCUGCAUGCAACGAAACGCAAACGAAUGAGAUGCAAAGUCGCGAUAAAAUAACUGCAAGCAACAACAACAACGACUACAACAAUAACAACAACUGGCGACAACGACGCGUGAAAUAACUAAGAAAACAGAGAAAUAAAAUAAAACAUUGGCUCGCAAACGCGGAAAUGCACUUGAGCGCAUAAUUUUUAUAAGUCAAGCGACACCAGAAACAACAAUACAAUAAAAACAAAAGCAAAAAGAAAUAUAGCAAAAAAAAUAAGAAAAGAAAACUUAAGAAAGAAAUAAAGAAAUUGCUUGUCAGCAAAUUGCAGCAGCAGCAGCAGCCAAAGAAGCCACAACAAACAUACAAAACACAUAAACACAUACAUUGAAAUACCUGCACACACACGAACACACUGUGCGCUCUCUUCCUGACAAGUGUGCUGUCUCUGUCGCACUGCAGCGCUCUUGUGCGCGCGCGCGCCUUUGCUGCCUGCUGCGUGUGUGUGUUUGUGUUAGAGAGAGUGAGUAAAAGAGCGUGCCGAAGAGAGUGAGGAUGAAGAGCGAGGCGCCUGAGCGCCGCAUUAGCAACAACAAUUAAAACAAGCGCGCAAAAUGUUGCAGGCGCAUAGCGACGCCAGCAGCACAACAACAACAACAACAACAACACUAACUAAAAGCCAAAGCAGCGGCGAUAGCAGCGACUGCGCUGCAACGACACCAACGCAGGAGGAGAAGACGCAACGACGUCGCUCCACCUUCUAUGUACCGUUGGUUAUCGAAGACGAAGACGAGCAACAAUCACAACAACCAAAGGAACAACAGGAACAACAACUAACGGCACACGGUGGCAGCAGCUCGAGUUUAAGCAGCGGCAACAGUUUAAAAAACAGUUUAAAAAAGUCCGCUUCGUUAAAGAGUGGGGUCGGAGGCGGUGGGCGGGGUCAAGGUGUGUCCAAGGCAAACGCGUUGUUUGUGCGCAAAGCGAGCAACAACAACAGCAGCAGUAGCAGUGGCAACAGCAACAAAAACAACAACAACAACAACAAAAUGUCGCCACCUUGCGGCUUCAAUUGGAGCAUCAGUGGCAGCGAGGCAGCUGCACAAUAUUCCGACUCAGAUGAUGAGGAGCAGCAAUCGUUGCAACAAUCCUUGCAACGACAGCAAUUGAUCAAGUCGUUGCAACCAACAACAACAACAACAACAGCAACAACAGGAGGAGCAACUGUUGCAACAACUCCUGCGGCAAAGUUGAAACGUUAUGGCAUUGUGUUGAACGUGAUCAGUUUGAAUGGCAGCAGCGGCACAGAGGACAAUAUUGAGGGGGGUGGGGUAGUGGGUGUUGAUGCCACAUUAGAUAGCGCCAGGUGCGCGCCACGCACCCAUUUCAAUGAAGAUAACGAUAUUGUUAUGGCAACGCCGCCCAAACAGCAGGCGCUCUCUCUCUCGCCCGCACACUCGCGUCAGACGUCGACGUCGUUGUCGACAACGGCGUCGACUGCAGGCGCUGGCGUCGCUGCCGGCGCUGUCGACGAUGAUGAUGACUCAGAGAUAAGCCGCAUGCAGACCAACACCUCAACGCCCAUCAAGUUAAUGAAAUCGCGUUCGCGCACAAAUAUUCUCGCCGUGCCGUUGCCCAGUGUCGAGCGCGGUCUGGCCACGACAACAACGUCCGUGACAGCAACGUCUGUGACAGCAGCAGCAGCAACAACAUCCCCAACGCGCACAACAACAACAUUGAUUACACUGCGCGCCAAGUCGAAAACUUUGCCGCAAAAUCUAUCGCCUUCAAUUGCAUUACGUGAGGCAGCAGCGUUAGACGAUACAGCAACAACAACAACAACAACGCAACACAACUACUUCAAUCAACAGCGACAACAUCACAACAACAACAAUCAGUCACUACAGCAGCAACAACAACAAUUGGGCAAACAACAACAACGUCAGCUGUUUGGCGGCAGUCAAAGUAAUUUUGCAACUAGUUCAGUUAGUGGCUCCGGUUUCGGAUCCAGUUCUGGCUCCGGCUCCGGUUCCAGUUCAUCGCCAUAUAAAUUGCAGAGCAGCGUCUCGGCUGCCUCAAUAAUCACACAUAGCUUUCCGCCCAAGAAUCUAUUCCUAUUGAAAUCGACACCGAAACUAACAACAGAUGCCACGCCCCCAACGCCCAGCGUGCCACAAACAGCUGUAAUUACCUCACCCCCCAAAAAAUCGUUGAGUUUCAUACGACGCGCACAUUCCACAAAAUUAUCGCGUAGCAAUUCUCUGUUAAAAACAAUCGGAGGUGGAGGCGGUGGUGGUGGAGGUGGAGGAGGUGUAGGGGCAGGAGGAGCAACUGCCGCUGCUGCUGUGGCAAGCGGUGGUCAUCAGUCGUUGUUGCAACACGUUGGCAUGCAGUCGAUUGGAGCACAACAUCAUUACACCUCGUUGUCGGCCUCCAAUAGUUGUGCGAGCGACACGGGAAGUUGGGGAAAACAUUUCUACAUGAAUUACGAUGUGUGUCCCUUGGGAUUGGAUGAAUUGGGCGCCUACUUUCAGACGGAUCACUGUGAGGAGCUCAUCUGUGAGCGCUUCAUGAUCAAGGAUCUCAUCUUGCACUCGACCACAUGCACAAUGGAGGCAUCAACAACAAUAUCCGAGCACCAGCAACAACAACAGGCAGAUGCAACAUCAGCGGGAGAUGAUGAUGCAGGACAUCAUUCUGAUACUUCAUAUGAGAAGGCGUGUCGUCGCGGUUCGGCGCCCACCACGCCCAUUUUGGGCAACAAACAGCAUCAGCCGGAACACAAUGCCGCCUCCCGCUUCACCAACUUCUUCUCCAAAAGAACAAAUCCCCUAAAGCGCACAAAAUCUGUGACCAAAUUGGAGCGCACUAAGCGUGGAUCUGGGGGCUUACGUGGAUCACGCUCUCACGAGAGUCUACUCUCCAGUCAUGCGGUCAUGUCUACCAUAGAUUUGUCGUGCAGCGGGGCUGUGGGCGUGGCGCCCGUGCAUCAAUCGGUGCUUGGGCGACGUCAUUGCUUCCAGGUGCGCGGCGGGCCGCGUGGCGAGCGAUAUUAUUCAUGUGGAUCUCGGCAGGAGCGAGAUUUGUGGAUCUACUCGCUGCGCAAAUCGAUAGCACCGAAUGCCGAGCACACUCGUCGCACCGACAACUCGCUGAAGCUGUGGGUCUACGAGGCGAAGAAUCUGCCCGCCAAGAAGAAAUACUUUUGCGAGCUGCAAUUGGAUAAGACGCUUUACGGACGGACGAGUGUAAAGCUGCAGACGGAUCUGUUGUUUUGGGGUGAAUACUUUGAUUUCCCGGACAUACCGGAGAUCAAUGUGAUCACGGUGAAUGUGUUCCGUGAGGUGGACAAGAAGAAGAAGCGCGAUAAAUAUCAAUUCGUUGGCUCCGUUAAGAUUCCCGUGCACGAGGUGACAUCACGUCUAAUCUGCGAGGAUUGGUAUCCCAUCCUGAGUGACAAGGCAAGCGACAGUCUCGGCCGGAGCGGACUCGGCGGCAGUGGCAGUGGCAAGGACAAGGACAAGGAGCGCGAGCUGUUGCCCACGCUGCGGAUCAAGUGUCGCUUCCAGAGCACGGAUAUUCUGCCCAUCAAUGUGUAUGGCAAUUUUCUGGGCUACCUCAAGGAGAACUACAAACGGGUGUGCGAGACUCUGGAGCCGGUGAUUGGUGUCAAGGCCAAGGAGGACAUUGGACAGGCGCUGGUGCUGCUGAUGCAUGCCCAGGGAUUGGCCGGUGCCUUUCUCACCGAUGUCGUGGCCCUCGAUCUGUUGCGGGUGGGCGAUCAACGCUUGACAUUUCGCGGCAACUCGCUGGCCACCAAGAGCAUGGAGGCAUUCCUCAAGCUGACGGGUGAACAGUAUCUGCAGGACACACUGUCGGCUCCCAUCAAUGAGUUGAUUCAAUCGGAACGCGACUGUGAGGUGGAUCCAACAAAGACAAGUGGCUCCUCGGCGGGAUCGUUGCAGCGCCAGCAGGCGGCACUUCGUGGCGCCGUUCGCAGUGCCUGGCAAUGCAUCUACGAGUCGCAUAAGCAUUUCCCACCCCAACUGCGCGCCUGCUUUGCCACAUUCCGCGAGAGGUUGCAGCAACUGGGGCGACAGGAUAUGGCCGAUAAUCUGAUCUCGGCCAGCAUCUUUUUGCGUUUCCUCUGCCCGGCAAUAUUGUCGCCAUCGUUGUUCAACAUCACCAGCGAAUUGCCAUCGGCACGUGCCACACGCAACCUGACGCUGGUGGCCAAAACACUGCAAACGCUGGCCAACUUUACACGCUUCCAGGGCAAGGAGAAUUUCAUGGAGUUUCUCAAUGAUUUCCUCGAACAGGAGGCAUCGCGUAUGCAACAGUUUCUGGAGUAUAUCUCGACGCGACCGGAGCAUGCCACGCCCGAUUCCAUACUCGACUGGGCCGGGUACAUUGACCAGGGCAAACAGUUGUCCAUACUGCACAGUCUGCUCAGCGAGAGUCUCGCCAAGUUGCCCGAGGCACGGCAGCAUGAGCUCGAUCCGUUGCAGCACAUACUGGACGACAUUAGUCGGGCCAAGGAGUUGACGGCUGGACAUGCACUUGGCUCGGGUUAUUUGCCCACGGUCAUGUCCACGCAUGAGAAUCAGGAGAAUCAUCAGCCCGAUCAGUUGGGUGCUACAUCUUUGAAACAGCAGCAGCAGCAACAACAACAACAGCAGCAGCAACAACAACAGCAACAGCAGCAGCAGCAGCAACAUCAAUUGGCACAGCCACAACAUGCGGUGCUGAGCAAACCUGUGCCCGCCGAGCGUGGCAUGUUGCGUGGAGUACUCACACCAAGUGCGCUCGAGAAGAACAUCUUUCGCUACAAUGAUCCCACAGUGAAUGUGCGACUGCAACAGCAACAGCAGCAGCAGCAGCAGCAACAACAACAGUUGGAGCAUCAUCAACAUGCCACACAUCAGCUGUUGUCCAAUUCACAGAGCUCACUUGCCACAGGCGGUGGUGGUGGUGGCUACAUGAGCUCACCCGUGUUGCAACAUGCGCAAUCGCAGAGUUCGAUGGCAUCCUCAUCAUUGAAUGGCAGCAGCAGCAAUCUCUUGUUGCCAGCAGCAGCGGCAGCAGCAGCAGCAUAUCCCGCCCAGCAGCAGCAACAGUUGCAACAUUGUCCACCCGCGCCACAAACAAGUGCGGCAAGCACCAUGGAGCGCAUGGAUCGCUUGGGCCAAAGCUAUCAGUAUGUGUCCAAUGGCAAUGACUAUGAUGCAUCCACAGGCAGUUCACGUGCGCGCACCUUGCCACGCAACAACAACAACAGCAACAGUAACAGCAACAACUGUAGCAACAACAAUGUGGCUAAUGUUGCUAACGGCGGCAGCAACAGCAUACAAAGCGGCAGCUUUGACGACAUGCACGGCGAAUUCAUUCAAAUCUCUGGCCUGGACACGAGCAGCGCCUUUGUGCGCAAAUCGCCAACGCCAUUGAUGAAGGCAGCUGCCAGCAACAUGGGCAAUGGCAGCAGCAGCAGCAGCAGCAAUUUGCCACGUGCCACACGCAUCAAUCGUCACAAUUUGAACCUUAAUCUGGGCAUACCCGAUCACUCGUAUGGGCCAACGCGUGCGCCAUUGAAUCCCAACUCGAAUAUGCCCAAGAAUCUGGAGGAUCUCGAUGAUCUGUUCAAGUAUGCCGAGGAGCAUGAGGUGUUGGCGGAACCACAGCCAAGUGGCAGCACCAGCAACAAUCACAACAGCAACAAGCAACAAUUGUCGGCCAAGAGCAGUCAUUGCAGCUCUGGCUAUCAAAGCAUUUCCACAAAUCCCUCGCCUGCACAAUCCUCCAGUCCCGUCGAGGGGCAACAACAACAACAGCAGCAGCAACAGCAGCAACUCAAGUUGAACGCACCUUUGGCCUUUAAGAAUCCAUCGUAUCAGCUGCAACAGUGCAGCAUGCCACAACAGACGCCGUCCUCGAGUCGUGCCCCUGCCACGCCCCAACAGCAACAAGCAGCGUCCGCCUCCGUUUACGGCGGACGUGUGAAGCCUUUGGGAGUUGGUUUGGUCGCUGCCCGCGCUGCGUUCCUUAACAGCGGCGGCACCUUGGAUGCGGCCACCUUGACGCCCAGCUCAUCGGAUGAGCAAUUGUCGGCGGAUAAUUAUUACAGUUAUGCGGCAGCUGCAGCAGCUGGCGCCACUGUCGGCAGCAACAAAUUGGAGGCACAACGCUCACUCAGCGGCGGCAGCAGCUCCUCCAACUCCAAUUCCAACUCCAAUUCGGGCAAACCACAUAAUUAUGGUCGCCUCAAUGGUCCCUUGAAGCGGGAGGAUGUCUACGGCAGUGCCGCCAAUGGCAGCAACAUUAAUGUUGCCUAUCAUCAUCAUCAUCAUCACCAGCAACAGCUGCAGCAACAGCAGCAGCAGCAACAGCAACAACAUUUGCAUCUGCAACAACAUUUGCAGCAGCAACAGUUGCAGCUGGAGCAUAAGCAAUAUGCCAGCAGUGGUGCAAGCAGCACAGGUGGUGCAUCCACAACUGCGGUGGCACAGCGUCGUCUCAGCCUCGACUCGGCCCGCACGCUCUCCGACAGCAGCACCGACACCGAGGGACACUGCACACAGCUGCAGGAGGGGAAGCGACGUCGCCAGCUACGCAGCAGCGGUGGAGGCGCCUCGGAAUCGGGUCUGGGCAAAGGCUACGACCAGAAUGGAGAGAUACAGCUGCUGCAGGAGACGCUGGACACGUUGCGUCACACGCUGGAUCGGGACGAGGCGGAGUUGCGUGACUCCAGCGAUGAGCUGUUCGCCUUGCAACGUCCCUCGGGUGCUGGCAACGGAGUUGGCAACCUUAGCCAGCAAUCGGAGUCCACCAUGCGCAGCAUUAUUGACAGACUCAUCACCAUGGAGGAGGAGCUGCGACGCGAGCAGCUGAAAAUGUCAUUGGCGUUGUCGCACAAGCAGCGCGUCAUCGAGGAGCAGGGACAACAGAUUGCGGCGCUAGACGCGGCCAACAGUCGACUGCUAAGCGCAUUAACCGCACUGCGUCAGCGCUACGAGACGCAGCAGCAGCAGCAACAACAACAACAGCAGCAGCAACAACAGCAGCAGCAAUAAGAACAGCAUCAAGCACCAAAGAACCAGAAGCCACAGUGAGCGGCUGAAACUGACGCAGGAGCGGAUAUAGAUGCAGCUCCUUUCUCGACAACAACAACAACAGAAACAAAACACACACAACCACACACCAACACACAUACACACACACACACACAACACACAAGUUGUAGACGCCGCCGUUGUCGUCGUUAUUGUCAUAAGAACAUUUUUGUUUAUUUUUUUUUUUGCGCCCAAAUUUUUUUUUCCUAUGCUACAUAAAUUAUGCUACAUGUUUAAAUAUAUAUACAUAUAUAUUAAAAUGAUAUAUACAUAUUAUAAAAGAAUUUCUCAAGCUAUGUUUAAAAACAAAACGCAACUGUUGCUGCAGCAGCGGCAACAGCAGAAGAUAUGAUUGUAAACAGCAGAAGAACAGGACGAAGAAGAAGCAGAAACAGAACAAGUUAAGUUAAUGAAUAAAAUAUAACCAAAGUUAGACAAAAA